ACUUCCGGGCUGUUGCUAGGCGGCCAUGGACCGCUUCGUGACGCGGCGGCCCCGGGCACAGGGCGGCCCCCGCCAACCGUGUCCGGUCCCCGGCGCCUGCCGCCAGGCCACGCUCGAGGCCCUCAAGAGAGUUGUGGUGAUAGAAGACAUAAAAAGAUGGAAAUCUAUGCUGGAGCUUCCCAGUCAAUCUAAGGAGAAUCUGAUUGAAGUCUUGGAGGAAUUAAAGAAGAAAUUACCUUCCAAGAAAGUAUUGCUUUCAACAAAAAUAGGUCACACUGUGAAUAAGAUGCGCAAGCAUUCAGACUGUGACGUAGCCAGGCUCGCAAAAGAAGUUUUCACUGAAUGGCGAACGUUCAUCAAAGACCAUGCAAACAGGCCGUCAAUAGAAGUCAGGAGCGAUGCCAAGACAGAGACUCUCAGAAAGAAUGCCCGGAAGCUGCUGUGCGAAGCUCUGGAACUAGAGAUUGAUCACCCGCUGGCUGAAAAUAUUGAGCGAGAAGUGUUUCAUCUCUCAUCCCGUCUCAUUAGCACACCAUAUCGCAGGACAGUGCGAGCCCUCGUCUUCACGUUAAAGCACAAACCUGACAUCAGGGCACAAGUCAGAACUGGCACGCUCCUAGUCGGCACCUUUGUAGAAAGCCAUAAGAAGUGCUGAGGAGGCCCAGUGCAGAAUGCGCAAUUCACCUGCCUGCGUCACAGGCUGGAUUUAGGAAUCCUUUCAGUUUUGAGGCAUGCGAUGAUGCUGGUAAAGUUAGUCCUUCUAUCCCACUGUAUACAUACAAUGUACCAGAAGCCAUGUGGGGCAAAUCCAGUGGGGGUGGAGGUGAUGCUGUAAGUUAUGCCUCUGGGUUGGUGUAAAUCUGAGGGUCCAAAAAUGGGUGAGGUUGCAGCGGGAAGAGCAGACUUAUUUCCUUCCUGCAAUUACUUCUCCUGCUGUGUGCCUACCCCUUCAGCUGCACAGCUCGAGGUGUCUCACCUACAUGUCACUUAGGCCACUGUUUAUUUCACAUCCAAAUCUGACUCGCCUCUCUCCAGUCAAGAGCCACAGUAUAAUUAGUGGAGCUUCUGAGAAGGAGCUGUUCUGUCCCGUACCUGCAGAAAGCACUGACCAGCUUCAUUUGUUAGUACUGAGACCUCUAAAUAUGCAGGUACUACCAAGGCUGACAGCUUAGCAAUGCAAAGUGGCUUGUUUUCACUCCGUUCUACAGGGUGGAGAACUUGAAACACCAUCCCUAGAGCUGGCUGGCCAGCAAUGCACUGGAUCCCCAAACCUCAUGUAUCUAAGGAUUGUGGCUUUCAGGUGAACCAGCUUGCAUUGUGCUGCGUUUGCUAGACAAAAUGCCCUUCUGCUGUGUAUUCUAAUGAGUAGCUCAUCAUUGCCAUUAAUAUCUCAUUCCUGAUUUACACAAGAAGCCUUGUCUUUCAUGAACUGACAGGAAAAUUUGUAAUACAUUCUCUAAAUAUAAUUAAGUAGGAAAGUAAAUAUUCUUUAUAUAAAAGCUGUUUUCCUCAAAAGGAACAAAGAAAUCAGAGCAAUUAUAUGAAUCAACUCUUCAACAAUAAACUGUGGGUUUUCUUAGAAAAAACAAACC